CGGCGGCGAGCCGGAGUCGGGGCAUCUGGCCGUCUGGGAGGCAGCGACGGCCGGCUGGCUGCAUUGUGUUGCUUUGAUGACCCCCGCUGUGUAGCUGCCUGCUCAUCAACCUCCCCUCUCUCUCUCUCUCUCUCUCUCACCCCCCCUCCCCCUCUCCUCCUCCUCCUCCUCCUCCUCCUCUCUCCAUCACAGCUCCCGGCCCAGCCAUGUUCGGCACAGAGUCCUCAUUAAGCAUGUUUCUCAACACCCUGACACCCAAGUUCUACGUGGCUCUGACGGGCACUUCCUCCCUCAUAUCAGGACUCAUUUUGAUCUUUGAGUGGUGGUAUUUCAGGAAAUAUGGGACCUCCUUCAUCGAGCAGGUGUCUGUGAGCCACCUGCGCCCCCUGCUGGGCGGAGUGGACAGCAGCUCGCCCAGCAACUCCAACACCAGUAAUGGAGAGGCCGACUCCAACCGGCAGAGCGUGUCCGAAUGUAAAGUUUGGAGAAAUCCCUUGAAUUUAUUUCGAGGAGCAGAAUAUAACCGGUACACAUGGGUCACGGGUCGGGAGCCGCUGACCUACUACGACAUGAACCUGUCGGCACAGGACCACCAGACCUUCUUCACCUGCGACUCGGACCACCUGCGGCCCGCCGACGCCAUCAUGCAGAAGGCGUGGAGAGAGCGGAACCCUCAGGCUCGUAUCUCUGCAGCACAUGAAGCUCUGGAGCUGGAGGACUGUGCCACGGCGUACAUCCUGCUGGCGGAGGAGGAAGCCACCACCAUCAUGGAGGCGGAGCGGCUCUUCAAACAGGCCCUGAAGGCUGGAGAGGGAUGUUACAGACGCAGCCAGCAGCUGCAGCACCACGGCACUCAGUACGAGGCCCAGCACCGAAGAGACACUAAUGUGUUGGUGUAUAUAAAGAGGAGGCUGGCCAUGUGCUCCAGAAAGCUUGGCCGAACACGAGAAGCAGUAAAAAUGAUGCGAGAUUUGUGUGUUUUCCAGUUAAUGAAGGAGUUCCCUCUCCUUAGUAUGUUCAACAUCCACGAGAACCUGCUGGAGUCACUGCUGGAGCUCCAGAACUACGCCGACGUGCAGGCUGUUCUGGCCAAGUACGAUGAUAUCAGUUUACCCAAAUCUGCAACGAUAUGCUACACAGCAGCGUUGCUCAAAGCCCGGGCCGUAUCAGAUAAAUUCUCUCCAGAAGCAGCCUCCAGACGAGGGCUGAGUACAGCAGAGAUGAACGCAGUAGAAGCCAUUCACAGAGCGGUGGAGUUCAACCCUCACGUUCCCAAAUACCUGCUGGAGAUGAAGAGUCUGAUCCUUCCUCCAGAACACAUCCUGAAGCGAGGGGACAGUGAGGCCAUCGCCUACGCCUUUUUCCACCUGCAGCACUGGAAACGAGUAGAAGGAGCUCUCAACCUGCUGCACUGCACCUGGGAGGGCACGUUCAGAAUGAUCCCCUAUCCUCUGGAGAGGGGGCACCUUUUCUACCCCUACCCCAUCUGCACAGAGACCGCCGACAGAGAGCUGCUACCCAUGUUCCAUGAGGUGUCGGUGUACCCGAAGAAGGAGCUUCCCUUCUUCAUCCUCUUCACCGCUGGUCUCUGCUCCUUCACCGCCAUGCUGGCUCUGCUCACGUACCAGUUCCCUGAGCUCAUGGGAGUCUUUGCUAAAGCUUUCCUCAGCACGCUGUUUGCUCCUCUGAACUUCAUCAUGGAGAAGGUGGAGAGCAUCCUGCCGUCCAGCCUCUGGCACCAGCUGACCCGCAUCUGACCCCCGAGCCCAGCCGAGCCGGGCCGGGCCGGGCCGGGCCGGGACCGCCCGGUCCCUCUGAGACCGGCACCCGGAGCUCAGACCUCCAUGCGGACACAGACAGCUGGACUGAACGCUUCAGACGGACACUGGUUUGAGUCCGGAGUGGCCUGGAGGGCGGCGGCUCGCCCGCCUCCAGACUUUCUUUCAUAUGUUUGCAUUUUUUGGGUUUUGGAUCAUUUCAAGCUGUUUUCCGUUGUUCAGACAGAGGUGAUCAGUUGCCAUCAUUAAAAAAAGUGAAAAGGAAAAAAACAUCCAAUAAAGGACUCUUUGUGUAUUGCUGCAAGC